AUGACGCAAAAAGUCAUCACAACGUCACCUCCAACGGCGACUAACUCUGGUACGAUCACGCCGGCAUCAAACGACUGGGAACCUGCCACCGAUCGGAAUGCGGUCCCCAACUGCGACGGCAGCAUGAUUCAGACCCUGCAAUGCGGUCAAGCCUCAAAUAUCGGUUGUCUCGGUCAGCCCAGCCCCCAACCCCUUCCGUCACAACACCACAUCUAUCAUAAACCGCCCACCAAGAUGCCUGGACACCCCAAAGCCAAGGUGAUAUUCCUCAGUCCGCUGUUUGAUUUGGUCUCAGGGUUUUGGGCUCGGGCUUGGCUACGGGUCGUGAAGGCCAUGGGAGACAACCCAAACCAAGUGCGGAUCCAGGUAGGAAACCCAAUAGUAACGUACCAAGAACCAGUCCGCAUAACGCUUUCAUGUCUGCCUUCCCCUCUGCUUUCUGUGCCUGAUAUUGCCUUGGGCCAUCACCUCGAUUCUGACUGGCUUUCCGAAACUCCCUCAACCCCCGGUCAGCAGAUUUGUCCCUCGUUUCCCCUCUUCUUCUGCUCCCUUUCUCCUCUCUUCCUUCUUUCCUCUUGUUUCCUUCUUACACAUUCUGAAGUUGCCGCUACUUUCCCUCUUCAUCAGACCCUGUCAGGCUCAGGGUCCUUCCAAGACAUUCUUCUCUGCUUCGGUGAAGCGGCCCCCUCCCCCCCUUCCCCAGCCUCCUGCGGACAUCCCACUCACACACAUUUGCCAAUCCAGACUGCUGCCCCUUCGUUGAACGCUUACUCCCACCACACUCUGGAAUUUUCAACAAAGACUACCACCAAGACGCCGACGAAACGUCAGCGCUUCUUCCAAGCCUAUCCUAUUGUCGGCAGAUCACCCGCCCACACGAUACCCGGUCUCUCCAGUUACACAUCACACAAGACGAGCCACAACCGUUGA